CUGGAAGGGCAGAGCAACGCUUUCGACUUUGUUGCGCUUGGGUGUGCCGCUUUACGGCCACCUUUGUCGCGCUCAGUUGUGAUUCGGCUUUGUUGGCUUAAACGCGUACCAAUUUUCGUAAGAGCGUUAGUUUCGUGUAGCGGUUAUUGGCGGCGUGCGCGUACGCGACUUAACGUCUAUUACUUUUUGAAUGUACUUUUAUUUCAUUUCCUCUUUCGUUUGGCUUAUACUACAUACUUUUUGUGUGUUUUUCCUGUUUCCAGUAAAUUUAUUAAAAAAAAUACCUGCAGGCCACAACGCAAGCUUAUGUAUAAUCAAGCAUAAAAAGUGUUGUUAAUAAAAUAUUAUUUGAAAUAUGGUCGAAAGUGUAAACUACAAAAUACAAAACAGCAGCAAUUGAGUAGUUCAAAGUGCCAACGUGGAUGUGAAAAUAUUGAAAAUCAGUGGCAGUAAAAUGUGUGUAAACAGCGUGAAUAUAUGCAAAAGCGUAUAAAAAUAAUAAAAAAUCACUAGAUAGUAGUUGGGUAUGAUGUGAUCGAAGCAACAGUGCGCAUGUGCUUAGUAAGGUCUGUGUAUGCAAAUGAAGAUAACAGAAGCAAAUAGAACUAAGAAUGAAAUAACACAAGACCACAGCGAAAGCUUUUAUAACGAUACCAACACUAUUGCUGCUAGAAACAACGAAGCCAAAGCGAAGCAAAACACGAAAAGAAAACAAUUCAAAACGCAUAAAUAACGAAAGCAGCAAUUAAGAAAAUAAAAAUAAGAAAUAAGUAGUGAACAAAACAACAAAACAAAACAACAAAAUUACACAACACCACCAACACAUUAGCGAACAUGUCCGAUAACGGUGAACAACAGGCGCCCACACAACCGGCCAGCGUCUCACAUCCACUGCAGGAUAUCGCCUUGGAUGUGCCGGACGAUGCUGCAGCUGGCAAGCAAAACUGGGUUAGAUUCGAUGAUGACGAGGCGGCCCACAAAAAUGGCAAGAACAACACGCUCGAUGACGACAACGUUGGAAAUGCCACACGCAUUAGCCCUAGCAGCGGCGGCCGAGACGCGCUGGCAGCAGACCCAACAGCAACAAUGCCAACUCCAGCAAACCGGUCAGCCCCCGCCACGCUGCUACCAGCGCCGCCCAGUCGAAAGCAAACAUCUGUCGCUACCGCAUCCAUACCAAUAACAACGGCAACAACAGCAGCCAUAGCGCGUCCGCGCUCACCACUCAGCGGCGCAGAGAGGGAGAGUGCGAGCGGUGCCGAAGCGAUCGUGUCAGCGCCAGCACCUGUUCAGCGUACAACAAUAACAACAACCGCUUCCGUCGCUUCACCUCCAGCGCUUGGGCAGGAUGUAGCACCCGCUGUUUUAAACACGGAGAGUACGCAUGUCAAUUUGAAUGCAUCCGGUCGUUCGCAACUACAACAACAACAUCACACACCCACCUCCCCGGUGGCAAGUGGGCAACAGCAACAACAUCAGCAAAAGGCUAAAUUGUCACCGUCAAAUGUUGCUGGCGUCGCAAGUGCUGGCCAUCUACAACAGCAACAACAUUCCCAACAACAGCAUUAUCAAAAUAACAAUGGCACAUCGCCAUCGAAUGGUAGCGGCCAUAAAAUGGCACCAACAACAACAACAGCAACGGCAACAACAUCAAGCGUGUCAAUACCCGUUGAAACGGUGCCACCGAUGCGUACCAUUGAACUGUCGACGGGUCGCAUACGUGAAGGUUUCGCUAAUGGCGAUGUCAUUGUUACCUUGUUGCCUGCAAAUACUAAGUGGCCAUGGAUUACACCAGCUAUAUUCCGUCCCGAACUAGUACCGGAGGAACUGAUGGCGCAAGGACUAACUCUUACCGUCGAGGAGUACGUGAACGCCAUGGAGACACUGGUCAACGAUUACCGCUUCACCGUCUACAACAUCUGCUAUAAGCGUAUACUCGUCUGCUGGAUUCUGCUGGCCUUCACAGUGCUGCUGACGUUACUCUUCUCCGGCCUACAGGGCGUGGCACUCUUCUCACUCGGCGUCGGUUGGCUCUUCCUCAAUGCGGCCGCCAUCUUCCUUUGCAUGUGGGUAAAAUUGCGUCUAUCACGUGGCCUCGAGAAAUGCUUGGCGCGCGUCAAUCGUCAAUUAAUGAAGCAUAAAAUUCUACUCAUACUCGACGACCGCGGACGCAUCUCAUGCCACAAAGUCAAUUUGUGCUUCAUGUAUUUCGAUGCGACACAAUGUGUGGGCUUCCUGAAUGAAUUCCUCGAACACACCGAACAAAAUGGCGGUGAGGCCAUCAAGGCGGGUUGGGAGCGCAAAUUAGAUAUUGAUGUGAAUGACAUUGUCAUACAGGGCAAUAAUCCAGUGCGUUUGUCGCGCAAGCAGGUUGUAGCACAGGAGCUGUUCCUCAGCUAUUUGCAGCGUUGGGGCAAGGAUUUCCUGCGUCGCCGCUUGGACUGGACCGUGCAGGAGGCGGGCGUGCAUGAGACCCCGCGCCAUCUGCAAUCGUCCAUUUGCCCGUGUCAGUACGAGGAGGAGCUGCUGCGCAACAAAAUUAAAAUACAGCUGAGAGGCAAGCAGUGCUGCGGCGUCAAUUGCAUCGGCUGCUGGCUUUAGGCGCAAAUAAAUGAAAUAAACGAGUGUCUAACAAACGAAAGUGAAAGCUUGUUUCAGUAUAUUUGCAAGUUGGCUCAAAAUAUGAAAUUUGUGCAAAAGUAUAUUUACAAAAAUUACAAAAAUUAUUUGUUUGCUUUCAGUUUAAAAAAAUUUUAUUUCGUUUUAAUAUGUACAUAUAAGUUUGUAGAAAUCAUCACAAAGCAAUUAUUAGUUUAUUUUAAAGCAAAAAUAUCUAUGAAAAAUUUAAAAAAAUAUUUUACAGCAUACAAUUAUUUAUUAUAUGCUACAAUUCUUAUAUGUAUAAUAAUCUAUUCAUGCACCCAACACCCAAGUUUAACUCCAAUCGCAGUUAGCUUGAUCAAUGUAAAUUUUUUUUUAUAAAUUAUAUGUCAUAUUUCUCAGCUAUUAUAUAUGGACAUAUGUGGCCUUAUGUCUGAAGUAAUUUUUAGUAAGGCGAAAGUUUUGCUGUAUAUAUAUAUAUAUAUAUAUAUUGCUUCACAUUUCCAACAUUUCUCUUCAAAUCUUUGAGGAAAAAACUUCUUAAAAGGUAUUAAUUUUUUAAUUUUUAUUUAAUAAUUUAAUAUUAAAAUUUUGUAGAAAACUCCAUUUUUCACCAAAAAAAAUUAGUAGUAAUGAGUAACUAAGAAUACUGUCUCCCAAACCAACUUACUUUUCUUACUUUUGAACAACCUAUAUAACAUAUUUAUGAAUUGGUACAACUGAAUUGCUCCACAUUUCCAUAAGUUCUCAGUAUUCACCUAAAUUAUCCCCGUCUCUGUUAAGAGCUAUACAGUACGUUAGUAUUGAUAUUUCUGAUACAACUAAAUUGAACUGAACAUGAGUAGUUAAUCAAAUAUUCUUUUCCUACUCCAUGUUUCGCAGCAUGUCUGACCAAAUACCUCCAACGAAGUUUAUGAGGUAGUCUGCGUUAUUUAAUAUUAGCCACCAAUUAGAAGAAUGAUCAAAUCAGUUAUUUUAGUAUAGCAUUUCUACAGUAUGACCGCAUUUGGAAAACCAUUUAAUUCAAUGAUUUAAGAAGUGCUUAGUACUUGGCGAUCGAUAGUUCUUACUUAAAUUGUGUAUUAUAUUAUUUUUUGUCCGACAGUAAAAUUUCGACAUUUCAGCAUUUCAAAACAAUUUCGCAAGUAUUUUAUGGUCUUUUCGGUAUUAAAAUCUGUAUGAUUUUGUGUAUAUAGCUGCUAUUAAGGCAGCUGCGGACAUAUUGCUUCGAAGCGCAGCAUCCUUUAUCGAGGUGUCGAUCCACUCCGAUAGUAAAGCGGCGAUACUAGCCUUGAGUUUACUGACUAUGCGCUUAAGGUUGGUUAAGGUGUCAUUGUUAUACUUUUCGAUUGGAUUGGUUCAUGGCCACAGCUGAAUCGCGGGAAAUUGUAUAGCUGAUGAGCUUGGAAUGUUAGGAACGUCAGUCUCACUAUUAAUAACAUGGAGACAUGUAGGACCACCUAUGUCGUAUUACGGUUUACUACUAGACAGAUGAACCUCGGCGCUGGUCAGUCACUAGCACUUGUGCAGUCGCCAAGCUCUUCUGGCCAAAGGUGAACCGCAGGAGUUCUACCGAGCUCGUCGCCCUCAGUAAAGCUUACCUCUCCUUAGUCGUAAGGGUUCUUACUGGCCAUUGUCCCACCGGAAUCCACGCAGUAAGGUUAAAAAUCUUACCGUCUGCUAGCUGUAGAAGCUCUCGAAAUUGGGCUUCACAAAGGACUGUCUUUUAUAGACUACGUGCGUUUCCCUUUGAGAAACAGCCUUACAACCUAACCUAAUCUAAACUGAGUCUAUUAUGCUGAGUCUUCAUUUUUGAAUAAAUUUUUGAAGCAUUAACAUCCGAUCGACAUAUCACGUCUAACAACAACAUUAUGCCUGAUAGGGGAAUCAAAUUUGUACUCGGCAAUUAAAGUCCUCUAGAGUUAGUUGAUGAGGGCCCAUUACUCCCUUUUUAGUAAGAAAAGAAAUAAUAGUGAGCCUUAAUUCUUAGCGAGACUUCUACGUUUAUAACUUAAGGACUCGUUAAAUAGCUUUAAAAAGCUACAUGUAGACCCACUCCCUCUAGGGACUCCAAAGCAUCGCAACAAACCAUUAUAUAAGAGAUUAAAAAAAAUUUGCUCAAAGAUCUAUUCUCAUUCGAGUCGGGUGUGUUUUCUAUAAAAUUUUUUUUUAUAUUAAAACUUACAAAUCAAAUCUAGAAAUUCAGAUGGUGUUCAUAUAAAUUUACAUAUAUUGAAUUGAAUAACUCGAUUUGAUUAAAUUUUAUUUAAAUACUGAAAGUAUAAUAUGUCAAGUCAUGUUUUGAAUAAAUACUUAUAAUAUGUGUAAAUGAAACGCAUAAUUUAAGCAAUCCUUACUGAGAUACUCUUAUAUAAAAUUUGUGUAUAUAAACUAAAACAAAAUAUUUAACCAGUUGUAUAUGCUUACUUAAAAAAUAUUAAUAAAUACAUUUUUAAACAAUAGAAGCUUUUACAGUAACCUUAAGUAAAUAAUAAUUAAGUAUAAUUGAAUAAAGAAUAGCUGUCUAGAUUCACCAAACUCUUUAAUGAAAUGCUCAAGAUAUCGAGUAGAAAAAUGGUGAAUCGAAGACGUCUUAUGUUAUUGUAUUAUAUUUGCAGCUAAAUCGCUAAUAAAUUGUGCUCUUUUCUCACACACACACAUACAACAAAUUCAUUGUGCAUUCUGUAGAAAAUCAUGGCUUUAUUUCAUUAUAAAUAUUUUUUAGAGUUUUCUUCAAAAACUGCAAACAUUUUAUUUUGCACUUCGCAUCUCAACACUCACUUAAACUCCUUAUCUUCAUCCACAUACCACUAUACAAUAAAUUUUUAUUGCUAAAUAUUCCACUUCAAAAUGAAAAAAAAACAA